AUGAAAAACCAAGGAAUAACUCCGAAUGCUGUCACAUAUGGCUAUUACAAUCGGGUAAGUACUCUUUGUUGUUAUAACAUUCGUUUUAAGCGUUUCAAGGACGAGAACUCUUUCAAAGAGCUCUGCUUCCAAUUUUCGAAGUAUUCUCUGUACUUUCCAAGCGAGCGACGAAGUCGUAGUGUGCCUUUUCCCUUGAAUAGAGGUGUCGCAUCAAUAGAGGUAACAGAUACUAAGUGUAAGUGAACAUUUUUCCAGGACCAAAAUUUGUGUCCUCUGAAUGGAGGUGUCCCAAAGGAGAGGUUCCACUGUAGUUUUCGUUCAGUAGAUUUACAGUCUGAAGUUGUUAAAAUGUUGGUAUGCCAUUCACACGUUAUGAUGUAGUUCUGCCCAAUAUUUUCUCGCAGCGCUUCACCUACAAUUUGGAACCUCUAGUUUAAUAAUUAUUUUGUUUCAUCUUCGCUGUGGUUCAUUUUAAGUAAUUUGUUGGACUGGUGGCAAAACAGUGAUUAGUUUUAUUCUGUUUGUAGGCUGUAAUGGAAGGGAAGUGGCCAUCGAAAACGACAAGCUCGCAUAUGUGGAAUAAGCUGAGAAAUUUUUUUGCUGCUGUGUAUGAACUUCAAAGACUGGGAAAACUAAGAAGCAAGGCAGGUAAACGAUCAGUGGAAGGUGUCAGUACUGAAGUUUGAUUUAACACUCCCCUAGCAACGAGAGCAAGUUUACUCACCCCUCACUACUUUCUUCAAGCUAUCUUGGAUCAGGUUUUCCGUUUGGGGGAAGGGAGCUAAAUAUCCCGAGGAGACAGCGAGGGAAAAAUUGGAAGAGGGGAAGUGGGGGAACAGGCCGCCAUUUCCCCAUCUUUAGCUAGUCCUCGCUCGACUCUCUUCGCUUGUUGAUUUUUUUUCCUUUUUCCACACCAAGGAUCUGGUCGGUCCAAGGCUACCUUUCUCUCACUUGCCAACUUUUCUCACCCCUCCCCCUCAUCAUACUGUCUUGCUCCUUCCCAUCAGCAUCCUCAUCAGUCUGUCUUCCUCCUCCCUACACACGUCAUGUUUACAAUAACUACAGGUGGAACGGAUCGGUGUGUGAUUGCAGCUCUUGUCUCGUGUUUUCUUUUUUGCUGUCUUCCCCCUUCUCUCCUCUUUUCUGAUUGCUCCUGAAGACUCUAGACUCCCGUGCCAACCGUCUGUAUCCACCGAUAUGCCGAAAUGAUAGCCCAUAUAAAAAAACAUGUACCCGUAUAAACAGUCCAAUAAAUUAAAUAUAGUCUGCAAUCUCGCGUUGUUCUUUCGUUUUUUAUUUGUUUGUUUGUUUGUUUAUGUUGUCAUGUUAUUGAUUCAAAUCACGCUUUUCCUAGAUUCCUUAUCGCCAACAGGAUCAAGUAAUGAUCUUGAUGUUACAGACUCACCAAGGAGAGGAAUGUCCCUUCGGAAACCUGACCGAUCACGCACUCCAUCACGCGAGCGUGAGAAAGCCUUGUCACGCGAACGCUUGCUUGAUCUCGGUGAAUCAAAUGGAACUGAAGGGAGACGCACUCCUGAUAGAGAAAUCAAAUCACGAAGAGAAAGAACGAUCAGCGAAAUGUCUUCGGCGUCUGAAGCCGCGGAUAUGCUCGACGUUUCCUUAACGUCGAUCGAUGGCACAGCUUUUUCGCAGAAGAGGCGGUCAAAUUACGGUAGAACAAUGAGCGAAACGUCGGUUCUGUCCGCCGCUCAUUCGCAGCUUUUUAUCAGCGCAAGUAGCGAGGACUCGGAUCCGUAUGAAUAUACAACCAAGAUGUUAGAUGAAGUGAUAUUUGGACUCCCGCUGGGCCUACAGCCCGACACCGCGCUUGAAGCAGUGAUAUGCUCUUGUAACCAGUGUGUUAAAUGCAGUAGAUACUUGUAUGAUGAAGAGAUAUUGGCAGGUUGGACGGCAGACGACUCCACUUUUACUACAACGUGAGUGCUUUUUGAAUCCGCCCAAGUUCCCCGCAUUCCAGAAUCUAUAUGGGGAAUGGGUACAAGCUUUGGGCACAACGAUUUCUAGGAUCAUAUGGUUGCCUUGAAUACCAUCAACCAAUCAUAACUAACGCUUGUGCACCCAAACAAUCCCAGAAAUCACUGCGCCCUAAACUUGUACCCAUUUUCCCUAGAGGUUUCGGAGUGGGGAAUAUGAUUCGUAAUAAGUAACGAGUUCUUAGAGUCAUGUGAGUUGGAGGCUGAGUAACCCGCAGUGAUGAAUUUCUGAGAACGUGUACUAGAUUUUAGUUUCUUUACAUAUAUUUAUUUAUUUUCGUUUAUUGUCAACGCCCCCUUCCUGUCUCCUGAAGCGUUUGUAGUAUUAGAAAAGCCGUCAAAGAUACUGUGAGGUUUUAGCUGGAGGGGACGUGAUGCUGAACUUUGUUUAGUAUUCGGCCGUCAUGACGUCGAACCAUAGUUAGACUACAAUGGCUGAUUUUCCAACAGAAUGGGAACGUCAAUUGACGACGGCGCGUGCAAACCAAACAAUUGGCAUGACUAAUGACAGAACGGCAAAUUGCGCACCGGAGGUCACGUUCAGUCCUUUCCGCGCGCUUUCCCGUCGUCAGUGGACGUUCCUGUUCGGUUGCUUAACUCUUUUGUACUCAGUUGAAGGUGCUAUGACUCAGAUUAAAACUUUUUCGAACAUGUAUUUUUUUCCUUUUCUCCUACAAAAAGAUUAUAUAAAGGUAGGUUACUCACCAAAAUUUCAGCUUCUAAAGAGCUUUCCAACCCCAUGAAAUUCUCGUCUAAAGUAGCUCGAAAUUCGAGACUGAAUCGGGGGCCGCCAUCUUGGAGAACUCCUAACAGCCUGUUGACGAGUACGUGACAUCAGUGCGCUCAACCUGAGUUUGGCAGACAGAAUAAAUCUCUCAAAAUUUCUUUUUUCUUCGUUUCGGAUUGUGUUUUUGUGGCCAUGGUUUCUUGUGCAGCUCCGAAACGAAGAAACAAGACGUUUUGAGUGAUUAAACAAACUUAGGUUGAACGCAUUGACGUCACACACUUGUCACCAGGCUGCCAAGAAUUCUCCAAGAUGGCGGCUCUCAGAUCUCAAAUUUCAGGCUACUUAAGACGAGAAUUUCAUAGGGUUGGAAAGCUCCUUGGAAGUCGAAAUUUCGGUGAGAAACCCACCUUUGUAUAAUCUUUUUUUUUGGCCAAAAGAAAAAAAUCCUACCACCUUGGAAUGAACUUCUCCUUUUAUAAACGUUGACUUGUUUUGUAUUUCUCGUUUUCUUGGUUCUUUCUUUCAGUUGUCCUUACUGCCAAACUCAGCAGGUAGCAAGUCUCAAUAUUAAAAUCAAGGUAAGCUUUUGUAAACAAAUGGUAUUGUGCUUGGUAAAAGACAUCAACAGCGGCCAUUAAACGCAGUGCUCGGAAAAAAUCCAGGCCGGUAAUCUGGAAAGGUAGAUUUUGUUGCCGGUGCGGUAACUUACUUGUCCAAUGGAUGAGGGUCCAGGCAAGUCAACCUCUAACAAAAUCAUUAACUAAGUCCAGCACGAAGUGGCUGCGGGUGAGGGAAAUGUAAGAGCUGUUUGCCCAAAGGUACAGACUGGAAAUCAAGUUAUUUUCGAGCCCUGUAAACGCCGAUAUUGCAAUUUGUUUUUAUCACACUCCUCUUGUAUCACAGUUUUCAUUUAUGUAAAUUUGCCAUUUGUGUCUUCUGCUGCGGUAAUCUGAAUCUUCUGAAACGUUUGUAGGGGAGGAGUUUACGUAUAGAAUGCAACAACUUUGUUUUCGAACUCGUUGAAAGAAAAUGAAUCCAUGACGACAAUUUCAUUUCCUUAAUCUGAACUUUUUUUGUUGCCUUGUGCGAAGUAUAACCAAAGUUAGUGCUCUAACAACUUNGCUCUCAGAUCUCAAAUUUCAGGCUACUUAAGACGAGAAUUUCAUAGGGUUGGAAAGCUCCUUGGAAGUCGAAAUUUCGGUGAGAAACCCACCUUUGUAUAAUCUUUUUUUUUGGCCAAAAGAAAAAAAUCCUACCACCUUGGAAUGAACUUCUCCUUUUAUAAACGUUGACUUGUUUUGUAUUUCUCGUUUUCUUGGUUCUUUCUUUCAGUUGUCCUUACUGCCAAACUCAGCAGGUAGCAAGUCUCAAUAUUAAAAUCAAGGUAAGCUUUUGUAAACAAAUGGUAUUGUGCUUGGUAAAAGACAUCAACAGCGGCCAUUAAACGCAGUGCUCGGAAAAAAUCCAGGCCGGUAAUCUGGAAAGGUAGAUUUUGUUGCCGGUGCGGUAACUUACUUGUCCAAUGGAUGAGGGUCCAGGCAAGUCAACCUCUAACAAAAUCAUUAACUAAGUCCAGCACGAAGUGGCUGCGGGUGAGGGAAAUGUAAGAGCUGUUUGCCCAAAGGUACAGACUGGAAAUCAAGUUAUUUUCGAGCCCUGUAAACGCCGAUAUUGCAAUUUGUUUUUAUCACACUCCUCUUGUAUCACAGUUUUCAUUUAUGUAAAUUUGCCAUUUGUGUCUUCUGCUGCGGUAAUCUGAAUCUUCUGAAACGUUUGUAGGGGAGGAGUUUACGUAUAGAAUGCAACAACUUUGUUUUCGAACUCGUUGAAAGAAAAUGAAUCCAUGACGACAAUUUCAUUUCCUUAAUCUGAACUUUUUUUGUUGCCUUGUGCGAAGUAUAACCAAAGUUAGUGCUCUAACAACUUAAGUUAAUUGACUUUCUCUUUGCAUCUCGUUGUAGGAUUAUCGAAAUUGUUUUUCGUCUCAUCCAAGUUCCGAGUUGUCAUCCAGUAUUAACAGCUUUGGAAGCUCCGAACUGCUGCCGAAUCCCGAUGAUGAGCCGAAAUCUGGACAUCUGAGCAACUCCGUUCCUACUACGAUCGAGUCUAGUCUUCUUAUGCAGAAGCUGGCCAGUCCCUCGCGGCCACUCAGUGCUGCUAUGUCUCCUCCAGCGUCUAACCCAGUCCCUAUACGAGCGAGUCAUCAUCGAUUGCGGGGUUACAGUAUAAGUGCACCCUCAAGCGCUAAUGCUAGUCCUUCUGGGAGCCUUCACGGGAGCCCGAGGCCUGGGUCGUGGAUACAACGCACGCGCAGUAGUAAUAGUACGUGUAGCUAUGGAAGCAGCUGGUAUGGUAAGCGGAAAAUGCAAAAAUUAUUAAAUUAA